GGAGUUUUUUAAAUCACUCAUAUCUCAUGGUCUAGAGUUUCUAAUAGUCUUUUGUGAAUUCUUCUUUAUUUAUAUUUUGUUUUUUAUGGGAAAUUGUUUUUCUGUAUAGGUAUGUUUGAUAAUAAAUUAAUCGCGUAAUUCUAUCUUCAUCUAUUUUUAUUCAUUUUUUUUAUAGAUAUAAUGGAGGUAAGCAUAAAACAUUCAUGCAUUGUAAAACCACAAGAGAGAAUAUGUACGAGUACUUUUCAAUUAUCUGAGUGGGAUCAAACCGGCGUGAUCACUCAUGUUCCCACAGUUUACUUUUACAGGCCUUCGCAAGAGUGGCUUAAAUCUUCCAAAUCUAUUGUAGACACACUUAAGGAGUCAUUAAGUCGGGUGUUAGUACACUUCUAUCCUUUAGCUGGUCGUGUUCGAUGGAUAGGGCAAGGUCGACUUGAGCUCUUGUGUAACGCAAAAGGGGUGGAGCUCAUUGAAGCCAAUUCUAGUGGUGAACUAAGUGAUUUUGGUGAUUUCGCUUCUCAAACUAAUCUAUUUGAGAAUCUCCUUCCGUAUGUUGACUACGACAAACCUAUAGAUGAGUUGCCGUUGAUGUUAGGGCAACUCACCCAAUUCAAAUGUGGUGGCAUUUGUUUAGGAGUAAACAUAUCACAUGUGGUUGCUGACGGACAAAGUGCCCUCCAUUUCAUGUCCGAGUGGGCUAGACUAGCUCGUGGUGAACCACUCGAGAUGGCACCCUACUUUAAUCCUGACAUCUUUCGAUCCCAAGAUCUUCCUAAGACUAGCAUUGGAUUUGACACGCACAUAGAGUUCAAGCCUCCACCGUUACUAAUAGGGGCAAACAACAAUUUGGAGGAGCGUAAAAAAGCCACUAUUGUGGCCAUAUUGCCUUUGUCAAAAGAGCAUGUAGACAUACUAAAAAAGGAUGUUAAAGAAGGAUCGAUCGAUGAUCAUAACAUGUACUCUUACACCCGCUAUGAGGUGAUAGCAGCUCAUAUUUGGAGAAGUGCAUGCAAGGCACGCGAGCACCAACUUGAGCAACCGACGUGCUUAGGCUUCUCCAUCGAUGUACGUAAUCGCUUGCAACCACCACUACCACCUAAGUACUUUGGAAAUGCUAUUCUAGAUGUUGUAGCCUCCUCUAAGUCAGGGGACAUCAUGACAAAGCCGUUACACUAUACUUGUGCUAAAAUAAGGCAAGCAAUUGAAAAAGUCAACAAUGAGUAUAUCUGGUCAAACAUUGACUUUUGGAAAAAGUUGCCUGACUUGUCCCCUUUUCAAGAUUUGCAUGCACGUAAGAGUAUGGACGGCCCAUUUUAUGGUAACCCAAAUCUUGGGGUCAUAAGUUGGUUGACCCUCCCUAUGUAUGGGCUUGACUUUGGUUGGGGAAAGGAGAUAUAUAUGGGCCCAGGUACUCAUGAUUCUGAUGGUGAUUGUUUGAUGCUUCCUGGGCCUGUGAAUGAUGGGUCGGUCCAAGUUGCCAUAUGCUUACAGGAGGCCCAUGUGGAUGCAUUUAAGAAAUACUUUUACAAGGAUAUACCAGGUGAGGCUUAG